AAUGACGCAUAUCCUAUACGAUCAAAUUUCAAACCAGCGUGGAGAGAGGAAAGCUUUUAGCGGGAUUCUCCAUUGGUUCCCGCCAUUGAAGCACACUCCCACUCCAGUCGACCAAGCUCGAGCAACCAGACCGAAAAUGGCUUCUUCCUCAGCUUCACUCUCAUCCAAAACCAGAACCCUAAUCGACAUUUUCCAGCCAGCGCUUUCCAAACGCUUAAAAACCUCACAGACAUUGAAAACCCUGGCAACCACGGACGAGAAAUGCGAUUCAGAGCUCACAUUGGCUUCCUUCUCCAUCGACAUGUCUGCCGCUCAGAAAUCCCGCAUGGAAACCAACAAAUGGAUGGCCAGAUCGAAGCGCAAUCUGAAAAUUGUCUCAGAUAGGGUUUCCAAAUGGGAGAACGGAUGUAUGAAGUUGGAGGAUCUUUUGGUGGAGGAAACAUGGUUCGAAGCCCUUCCAGGAGAGUUUGAGAAGCCCUAUGCUGUUAAUCUUUGCAAAUUUGUACAGACGGAGAUUUGCAGCAGUGGUGUCCCGAUUUAUCCUCCUCCAUCUUUGAUCUUUAAUGCUCUGAAUUCUACCCCUUUUGAUAGGGUCAAAGUCGUUAUUCUUGGUCAAGAUCCUUAUCAUGGGCCUGGUCAAGCUAUGGGUCUUUCAUUUUCUGUUCCUGAGGGUGUUAAAAUCCCAUCUAGUCUUCUCAACAUAUUCAAGGAACUGAAGGAUGAUCUUGGUUGUUCCAUCCCAUCCCAUGGAAAUCUCGAGAAAUGGGCUGUUCAGGGAGUCUUGUUGCUGAAUACUGUUCUCUCAGUUCGAAAGCAUCAAGCCAAUUCUCAUGCUAAGAAAGGAUGGGAACAAUUCACUGAUGCUGUCAUCAAGACAAUAUCACAAAAGAAAGAAGGGAUUGUCUUUCUACUUUGGGGGAACUCUGCGCAAGCAAAGUUGAGGUUAAUUGAUGAGAAAAAACAUCACAUUCUCAAAGCAGCGCAUCCUUCUGGUUUGUCUGCUAGCAGAGGCUUCUUUGGUUGCAGGCAUUUUUCUCGAACAAACGUGCUUCUCAAAGAACUAGGUACUGCCUCCAUAGACUGGCAACUUUGAUCCAAACACCUGCUUGAACCAUUGAAGUUCAUUUUUUUGUGGAUAUGCUUCCAAAUCCCUAGUCAUGCUCGGAUCUGCUUGAUCGAUGGCUUUUUGUUGGGUUUUUAAUUGUCGAAUCUCUGUGGUUUAAUUGUCGAGAUGUCCAUCAUUUACCACUUUUGUAUUACUGUGUUUAUUCCUGCUGUUUGAUAUUUAUUCCAAAGCAGCAACAGAACCCUUCUUUCUGAUGAAAUAGGGUAAAAUUAGAAGAAAGUUGGUCUACAAUAUGGUGACUAGUGGUUAGCAUAAAUCAGGCUAGAUAUCUCGUGGUACCUAA